AUGCAGGUCCAAAAGCCAGAAAACUACGGCUACGGCCAGGCCAAUUCCAGCCUCUCUUCCAAGCUACUACAAACCGGCACCAAAAUCCUUCAACGCAGACCUAUUUACAACUCGACCCCCGUGACGGCUAGUCUCCUACUUGGCGUGGUAUUGGUCUGCUUUCUUUGCGCAUUCGUCGUCACCAUGCGCAACCGCCGCCUGCGAAAGGUCGAUCGCCUGAAGCAGCAGUACGUGGAGCUUGACGAGCUGGACCGAGAGCUGAACGAGCUGGACCGAGAGUUGGAAAGUGCAACUACUAGGGUGUGGCUACCAUAA